CCAUGCCCACAGCGUUAUUCAUCGCACCGGCAGCCCCUUGUGCCAUGUUCCUCAUUUGAUCCCCCAAUCUGCACUCACUCGAUUCCUCAAGGCAAAGUGUAGAGAGAAUUCACAGAUGGAUAAACGACUGCAAAAUGAAUAGAACAGAUGCUUCGUUCAUCGUCUCAUCCUUCUUCGGCUGCACACCAAAAGAGGAAGAGUAGAACCAACUGCAGUCUGCGAAUGGCGGUAGUCUUUGACUUUCACGCACAGAGGCCUUGCAUGUCUGUGCUCUCACCUGAGCUUGGCCUGCGGCUUGCCCCAGCUGAUCCAUUUCCCCUCGGUUGCUUCCUCGAUCUGGCUAUCGAAUCACACUCAGAUGCAACGAUGCGUGGAGGAGGACCGCAGACGAAUCCACUUCCGGCGUCGGCGGUUGCGGGAACAGGCGAAGGAGGAGUGUACACGCGCCAUGCAUGCGUGCAUGGGGGUCGCCGAGGCAUUUGACGAGGCUCACCCUCGGCUGAUGAUGAUCUGCUUCAUCAUAGGAGAAAGAAACUGUUGCUCCUCUCACCGCCUGUCAUCUGUUGAGACCAUGGCCUACCGAUGAUCAUGUUCAAGACGUGGUGUUCUUGAUCAGAUUCAAUUAUCCGGAUGCAGCUUGACUUCCAUCUCUGGGCAAUCGUAAUUGCAACUCGCGAUAGAACCCCUGACGAAUAUACUGUACAUCUCAGAUGAUCAACAAAUCAUAUAAAGAUUCUGCCAUUCGAUCUUUCAGCUUUCAUAAGUUGGGACCGGACUCCUGGGGAUGACGCGCAUUUUGAUGCAGGAUCUGUAGUUCCGUAUGUUCCUGAUGCAGUAACAGAGUCCCCUGUAGUUCCGUAUGUUCCUCUCCCGUGACCUCUUCGAGUCUUCCCUGCAAAGGUCAGAAAAGCUGAAGCAGAUGGGGAAUCUCACAGUGUGAUUUGUGCUCUGAUGUGAAGGAUAUGUUCUUGGUUCUUUGCUCGCCACUUCACAACAAUCAUGUCCAUCAUUUCCCUAAUGCAAUAGAUGUGACUCUACCUAAAUCGGAUGCGGCCACGACGAUUGACGCGUGAUGGAUCACACAUCAGGUACUUGGCUGGACAUGGCUUCCAUGCGCCCACUGGUAGUAAUCUGGCGGCACUCUGCAUAAAAAGGAGGGGAAGAAGACACGCAGCACCACCAAAACCAGUUCCAAGAAGAGGACCAGGAGAACAGAAAGAAACAGUAUGCAGUGAGACAAGGAAACAGAGCAAGAUUUGGCAGUUGACGCAUCUGAGUACUCUCGAGGAGAAGACUGGUGAUUCGAUUCAACAUGAAGAAAACUGUCUUGAUUGGACGACUGAUACGUAUUUCUUGUCCUCUACUUUCUUUCGGUGGAAAUGCAAUAUGUUUGAUUUGAUCGAGACACUGAACAUGAAUUCAAUUUACUACAUUUUUGCAUGACAGAAUGUCUACUUUUCGUUUAAGGUUAGAAACUUGCACCUACUAGAACUCCAUGAACCAUCACAAUGCACUUUAUGUGUUUGAUGAAAUUGCUGUACGCCAUGUUGUAGUUUGAUGUUCUACGUCCAUAUACAAGCUGAACUAUAUCGAUCUCUCAACUUGUAGAAUUAUGCUUUAUUUUGGACCGAAUUCUGAUUGCUCUCAACUUGAGUCAUUGCCUAACCCAACAUACCCUGCAACUUAGCUUCCCUGCAUCUCUAUUUUUUCCUCAUCACUGUGACCAACACUCAUCCAUGUUAUGAUAUGCUUUUCUUCCAAAAGAUAGCAACAUGUUCCUAACUCGAGCUGUAGCAUGGCAUUUCACUUGGAGAUGGCAUGAUCCCUGGCUUGUCUCGGUUUGCCUACUGGUAUUUAUUUUAUAGAACAUAACACUAAAAAUUCACUGCUUGAUCAAUUUAUUGCAAUAUCGAAUAUAUAUGUAAAUCGAAAAGUAAAGAUCAUACAAAAUCUCAGUGACUAUAGGCACCACCUGAAACUAAUAAUACAGCACCUGUAUGAUCAUAAUGUGGGGCCUCAAUGCCUAAGACUAGAGUUCAUAUUUAAUCGAUGUCGGCUAUGUGCCCACUAGAUUGGGCGACAUCACAGUGUUCUAUCCCUUCACGAAUAUGAUCUUCUGAAGCUGUAAACACUGGUUGGAUUCACCUUCCAAUUUUUUUUUCCUUUUUCAUGCUCAGCAUUUCUUCCUUGAGCCAAAGGAGUGGUACUCUUACUCACAGCAUUUGGUCAGAGCUGCUUCCGGAGACACCUUGGCUGAGAUGGUUGUUGCAGAGAGAAGUGGUGGAAGGGAAGACAAAGGAGUUGAGGGAAGAAUGGGGAUGGGUCCUAAAAAGCCUGCAGUAAAGGAUCUGCGAAGAAAUUGGUUGUGCCAUACCAUUAGGCAGCAGGCUAAUGCAUUUCAUAUGCAUAAGGGAGCUCUAUGUCAUAGAGCAUUGAAGAGCUUAACAGAAGAUUAUUGGUUCUUUCUGGUAGAUCCACUUAUCUUCAGAGGAAUGCGUUAAUUUAACUUGUUUGUCAUCAAGCAGCUGCAAGCCAGGAUGAUUUAAAACCUUGAAUCAUAAUCUCUCACUAAAUGGAAGGAUUAUUAUGAAAGAGUUGCAGAGUAAUGACUAUAUCCAGUAUUAUGUAAUGAGAAGCACAAAUGAUCCAAGUCUUGGCAUAACAUGGGUUCUGGUAAUGAGACUAGAGAUGAGAAUUAGGUAUUGCUGAACCAAGUUUUAUAUCAAUAGGCUCCUGCUGGUUGUGUUUAAGCACUCUGCAAUUUUUAAGCUUCCUGUUAGAUGGAGAAAGAUAUUCUGAAUGCUGGCUUAUCAAUGACAGAUCAUAAUCAUGUUUCGAUGGACACAAUCGCGUCACUCUUUUUUUCAGGCUCAACAAGUCAGCCAGGUAUCAAAGAUCAAAACUUCCAUGAACAGAUAAUGAGUGGCAAUACUUUGUUUCCAUCACUGCAGAAAGAAAGCCAGAACAAUGUUUCUCCAUCAUACUAUGGUGGUCUUUUGACACCGGUUGGAUAUGCUACCAUUGAUGAGUGUGUGGGGAAGAAUGAACUUGAGGAGCAAACUGAAGUGCCUCUGCUAUCAUCUAUGCCACUUCAGUACAAUGUGGCUGACACAAAUGGCUUAGAGGAAGAUUUUUCGACUGUCAAUCUCUCUUCCUCUGCAUCAUUUCCAUUGCAAGAGAUGAAAUUUUCUAUGCCCAGAAACAAUUUCAAUGUUUUGGCCACACAAAAUGUUACUGAAGUUCUAGCAUCCAAAACUGGCGGUAGCUUGAAUAAGCAAUUUGACUAUGUAAGGUAUUCUGAUGAAACUCUUAAACAUCAGGUUCCUUCUUCUUCAACAAGCAUAGUUCAUCCUUCUUGUUAUAUCAAGGAAUUCUCAAAGCCUGAGUUGUGUUCGGAUAUACUUACUCCAAAAUUUCUUAGUUACUAUACUCCCUCUAAUGAAUUGUCUCUUAGUCUUGGCUCCUCCAGACCUUCUAUGAGCAAAAUGCUAGAUAUCUCUGACCAGUUCUCAGAAAUUAAUUGCUCUGGAAUAGAUCAGGUGCCACCAAAGAACAGUAGAUACUGUUCUGAUGAGUUCGGAGAAUACUCUCUUGUCGUCAAUUCUUUGCAUGAUGUGCAGUUGCGAACUGGAACUGAGCUAGGAAAUGAUCAACACUGCCCUGGCAUUCAGGAGUUCUCUACAUGCAGUGGUCCUGUUAAUCUGUAUGGGAUACUGACAUCAAGAUAUUUUAGUGUGACUCAACAAAUACUCUCUGAGGUUUCGAGCUAUAUCCAGUUAGAUGACUCACUGAGUGGGAUUUCUUUCUCCUCUAGUUGCUCCAGUGAAAGAGGACUUGUCAUUACAAGAUCCAUGGAUUUCCAGUCUUCAUUUGGAGACAUUGAUUCCCAGGACCAUGUGGAAAAAUUGCAAGCCCUUGAAACUACCAGGGAGAAGUCUCAGCUGCUGACUAUGCUUCAAUUGGUUGACCUCAAGUAUAAGCAGUGCUUAGAAGAAGUAAACGGUGUGAUAUCUCUAUAUGAUGAUGCAACCAAAUCUGCUGUUCCUCAAUUCUCUUCUGGCUUUGCCCUUCACACAAUCAGCAUGCUCUAUAAGAACCUGAGGGAAAGAAUCACUCGCAGCAUCCUUUUGGUGAAUCAACAAAGUGAGCGCAAGGAAGGACGAGUGAGAGCCAUCGAGUCUUCUUUUCUCCAGAGACACUGGGCUCUACAGCAGGUAAGAAGGAAUGAUUGGAGACCUAAAAGAGGAUUGCCUGAAAAAUCUGUCUCGGUCUUGCGGGCAUGGAUGUUCCAAAACUUCACUCACCCGUACCCCAGUGACGGAGAGAAAAAUUUACUUGCACUAAGAAGUGGAUUGACGAGGAGCCAGGUCUCCAACUGGUUCAUAAAUGCAAGGGUUCGUUUGUGGAAGCCAAUGAUCGAGGAGAUGUACUUGGAACUCGGUAAAAGGAACGGAGGAGAAGAUGGUGCAGAGGAAGAGUGCAGAAGCCAUGAGACCACUAAAGUCAGAGAAUCCAGUUGAGCUUGAUCAAUUUUUUGUUGACCAUGUAGAACAAAUCCAGUUGUUCUAUCUGUAGCUUUUAGUUGGAUCAGGGUUCUCCAUUACUAUCUAUACUGAUAAGGUCUUGAAUCACUCAGACCUCUCUAACUGUGGCUUAUCAUGCUAGCCUGAAAUUAGAGCUUUAGAUUUAGGAGUUGUUGCCUUGGAUUUGUAGCUUGUUCUUGUGCAUUCAUGACCCGCCACCGGUUGUUGCACUCUGUGACCGGUAGCCGAGUUUUGGAUGUGAAGCAGUUCACGUGGCUGCCAAAGUCGUAGGCUUCGUGCCGGAUUAAGGAGCCAUUUGAAUU